GAACCACUGACCGGCUUUUUGCCAGCUCACAAAAAGUGCCACGACUCCACAAGACUGCUGCUACUCUGAAAUACUGGGAACGGGAGGCUGUGCAGAGUUUUUUUUUGCGUUUGAGAAAAGGAAGAAGGAAAAUUGGAGGCUUAAAAUACAUCUUUAAACAUUUUUGACCUACAUUUUUGAAGCGGUCUACAACUACUCCAAAAGGUUGAUAAGGCUUGACUGAACGUUCCUCGUGCAGCCAUGGACAUCUAUGACCCCCAGACCCUCGGCAUCAUGGUGUUCGGCGGCUUCAUGGUGAUCUCUGCCAUCGGCAUUGCCCUGGUGUCGUCCUUCUCCAUGAAGGAGACCUCAUACGAGGAGGCCUUGGCCAACCAGCGGCGAGAACUUGGCAGGACGCUGCCUCAGCGCUCGGAGAAGAAGAAGAAGGAGAAGCCUUCGGAGAAGAGGAGCCGUGCCAAGAGAAAGGAUGAGAAACCCAACGGUAAGCUACCCGAGUCGGAGAGAGUCCCGGAAGCUGGAGAGCCAGUCAGCGACUCGGAGCACGAGCCGCCAGCCACCCCUGAUCUCACCCCUCCCGUCUUGGAGUCUCCCAUCGUCGUUGCCACAGCUGCGCCCGUUCCUGUUGCUGCCACCCCUGUACCCAUACCUGCCCAAGUCUCGGCCCCAGUCCCUGCCCCGGUUUCUGCCCCAGCUGCUCCUGCCCCUCGCCCUGCUGUUGUGGAAUCUGGCCCUGCUCCCUCCCCAAAGGACAGGAAGAGAAAGGAGAAGAAGGUAGCCAAGGUGGAGCCCGCACCCACCCAGACUGCCACCGCCCCGCCUCCCAAGGCCCCGCCCGUCUUGGAAGUGGUCACCAAAGAGGUGCCGGUCAUGGCUGUGCCACCUGUUGGCCCGCGUCCCUCUGCUCCGGUCACCGUCGCCCCUGCUCAGACGCCUAUGAAAACAGAGGAGUCCAAGGCUGAGCCCCCCCCCAGGAAAAAGGCAGCUUCCAAGAAGAAAGCUGAACCAGCUCCGGUGGCCCCCGCAGCCACUGAUGCUCCCCUCAGCUUGCCCUACAAGUCUCUGGCCUCCACGCUACGCGGCACGACGCUCAACGAGGGUGAGGUGCAGCGGCUCAUGGAGAUCCUGUCGGAAAAGGCUGGCACUGUGCAGGGCACCUGGCACACGGCCACCCAGAGGGGGGACCCCUUGGCUGUGCUGAAGAAACAACUGGAGGAGAAGGAGAAGCAGCUGAACGCGGAACAGGAGGACGCCGCUGCAGCUAAGGGCCGCCUUCGGGAGCUGGCCAAGGAACUGUCUGUGGAGAAGACCAAGCUGACCAACGUGGAGACGCGGCUGAGCUCCCAGCUGAGCUCCCGGGAGCAGGAGAUGAAGGCUCUCCAAGCUCGCAUGCAGGCCAGCUACCAGGACCAUGUUGCUGAGACCCAACGGCUGAACGCCAAGAUCCAGAGCCUGCAGGACCAGCUGGAGAAAGGCCCCAAUGCCCAGCUCGCCCGCCUGCAGCAAGAGAACUCCAUCCUGCGUGAUGCCCUCAACCAGGCCACCAGCCAGACCGAAAGCAAGCAAAACGCAGAGCUGGCCAAACUGCGUCAGGAAUGCACCAAGCUCUCUAAGGAGCUGGGGGACAAGAGCGACGCCCUGCUGGCAGACGAGCAGCAGCGCAAAGCCCUGGAGGCCAAGGUGGUGGCCUCUGAGAAACAGCUGGCCCAGGUCCAGGCCAGCCAGCUGCAAAGCACGCAUGCUCUGCAGCAUCGUCUAGAGGAGGUAAGCGAUGAGCUCCGCAAGGCCCAGAGCACCAGCGGCAGCCUACAGACGGAGCUGGACAAGGCCCGACAGGAGGUGUCCAGCCUGGCCGAGGUCCAGGCACGUGCAGCCAGCGGCGAAGCUGAACUGAAAGGAUCCCGUGCCCAGGAGGAGAACCUACGGACCCAGCUGGCCCAAGGCGAGACGGAGCGUGUCCAGCUGCAGGAACGGAUCCGCUCCAUUGAGGCCCUGCUGGAAGCCGGCCUGAAGAAACAGGAGCAGGAAGCAGAACUGCUCUCCAGAUCUGCAGACACACAAGAGCUGCAGAGCAGCUUGAAGGAGAAGGAGUGCCUGGUGGCCUCACUGGAGGAGGAGCUCAAGCAGCUGAAAGACAAGAUGGAAAAUGUGAGGAAGGCCAGCGCCCAGAACCGUGUCAUGGAGGUGGACCAGCUGCACAGAAGCUUGAAGGAGAAAGAAGACCAUGUCAGCACCAUGGAGAAGGAGCUGAAGGAGCUGAAGGCUGAAAGGGAGCAGCGACUGGACAAUGCAGCCAUGGUGGCCCAGCUACAGGAAAGUUUGAGAGAUAGAGACUCACAGGUGGUUUCACUAGAAAGAGAGGUACAAAAGCUUGAAGAGGAGGUAGAAGACAAGAGCAGGACCUUGCAAUCUGACAGCAUGGCCCAGCUGGAGCAGUUACAAAGCAGUCUGAAGGACAAAGAGGGUCUGGUCACAUCAUUGAAAGCUGAUCUUCAGCAGCUGAGGGGAGAAAUGGAGCAAGGGAAAAGCAGGAGCAGUGGUAUUGAGCAGCAGUUGAGUGAAGUUAAGAAUGAGACAAGGAUGGCUCUUCAGUCCCUCUUCCCUCACAUCUCCAUAGAAACAGAACAGGCUCAUUGGCUGCAAGAAUUUGCACAGAGAGCCCAUGAGGAUUUACAAAGCCGGAAGAACCAGGGGGCCCAACAGACGAAAGAAUCGCCCGAGCUGCAGGGGAUGCUGAACGCGGCUGAGGAGUCCAGGAGCAUCCUGCAGGCCGAAUGCGAUCAGUACAGGACUGUCCUGGCAGAAACCGAAGGCAUGCUGAAGCACCUGCAGAAGAGCGUGGAGGAGGAGGAGCACGUGUGGCGAGGCAAGAUGGAGCAAUCAGAGGAGCAGCUCAGGAAGGCCUUGGACCAGGUAUACACCCUGGAAACAGCCAUGGAAACGGCAAGGACAGAAAACCAAAGCACAGAACAGCUCAGGAGUCAGGUGAUGCUUCUGGAGGCUCAGCUGGAGAAGCAGAUGGAAGCUGCCAGCUCAUACGACCAGAGUACCUCUGAGGAGAUGACCCAGCUGAAGCAGUUGCUGUCAGAGACUCAAAUCCAACUGGAAACAGCCCAAUUAGAAGCCCAGAAACAGAGGGAGGAGCUGGUCCUGGUCAGGCAGCGCCUGAGCGAGAUGAUGGAAGGCACGUGGGAAGCGGACAAGCCCCGCGGGCCGCAGAACGGCCAGCUGGAGCCUGUCCAGGUCCUCUCCCAGUUGCAGCAGGCAGAGAAGACCAUAGAGACUGAGAUGGCACUGAGGCAGGGACUCACUGAGGAGUUUGAACAGGCUCAGCGGUGUGUCGUCGACCUGCAGACCCAGCUAGACCUGCUGAAGGCUGUUGGCUCCGCCCCAGACACCGAAGACGUGACCCAGCUCAAGGAGCGGCUGGAAAAGGAGAAGAAGCUGUCCAAAGACCUGGGCCAGGCAGCCACCAAGCUUCAGCAGCUGCUGAGAACCACCCAGGAGCAGCUCACCAAAGAAAGAGACACUGUCAGGAAGCUGCAGGACCAGCUACAGGCAAAGGAUGGAACUGAUGAACUGAAGGAGGGGACCUCUGUUUGAGACCGAGACACUACAAAGUUAUCAAAUUGCCUUGCAAUUCACUAUAGUUAUGCAUUCCUGAAAUAUAUGCUGUUUAUUGUACUGUAGUUUAUAAUUUUUUUUUUUUCUGAAACUUAAGGAAAAAGGAAUUAGCGAUGAACAUUUCAUUGCAAAGGAGAGGGCUAAAAUAGUGAUGUACACCUUUUUAUAAAUAUCUAAAUGUACAUUCCAACAGGUGACUUCUGGCUGUGUCAGAGAUUUGACCCAAUCUGCCUUAUGUUGACAGAUUAUCCCCCCCCCCACCCCCCACUUCAGUGUUAAAAGGGAAGUCAUGUGUACGUUAAACGUACAUCAUCUAGUGCAAUUUUACUUUUUUGUUCCAAAAAGUAGAAAUGUUAUGGUACAAGGAUGCAAAACAUGUAUCGCCUUCUACUUAGUGUAGCUGGUUGUCAACAGAAAUGUGUGAAUUUGAUGAAGAAUAAACUACAAUGUAACUGCAA